GUUUAAAUUAUAUACUGUAUAUUUAUUUCAGAUUCAUCAUGAGCAUCUGUUCCAUAAAAGACUGUGGAAAUGGGACGUAUGGGCUGAAGAAGUGGAAGUCCGAAUUAUGCAGUCAGCAUGGGUGUAAUUUUGGCACUGGACAGUGUAUAUGUGACCCACCAUUCAUACUAAUUCCCUUUCCGACAGAGCGGAAAGACCCUGAUGCACGUAAACAGUGGACAAAACUUGUGGGUCGGAAGGAUGCAGUCACCAACAAAAACUGGGAGCCAAACAAAUAUAGCAGGAUCUGCUCCAAGCACUUCGUUGACGGCCAGCCUACCACGGCACAUCCAUAUCCUACAGAACAUUUGGGACACAAAGUUAAAGUCGUAGCAGCAAGACGAACCAUUCAAAAGCAUGAAAUGCCAAAAAAAGAAAAAAAGACGAAGCUGCCACUUAAUGAGCUGGAAUCCAAUGUAUCAACUCAUGAGCAGGAAGCUACUUUUGUUUCAUGUGACGAAAUUGCUGGGGAAACUGUGCUACCAAAAUCAGAUCUCGACUACGCUGAAACUCUGCCGCAACCAUUGACACAUGACCACACCUAUGCUGGAAAUUGUGACUGUUCGCCAGAUUGUACAUGUCAGGGGUGUUUUACAAAGCAAGUGACCAUCAAUCAGAUGAAGUCUAAACUGGAUCUUCUUUCUGCUAGAACAGAACAUGUUAGCAGGAAAAGUGCGAGUCGGCACAUUACAAACAUGGUUACAUCAGACAAUGAGAAAGUGCGUCUGUACACAGGUCUGCCAAAUGCUGGUUCAUUUACUGAUUUGUAUCGACACCUGUUGUCUCAAGCAAGACACCUCGUGUAUUGGAAAGGAGUUGUGAAAGUUGUUACCAAAGUCCCUAGAAAAUUCAAGAAGGUACCACAGAAGCCAGGUCCAAAGCGUAAACUCUCUAUUAAAGAUGAGAUGCUAAUGACCCUGAUGAAACUUCGGCUAGGACUUGGCAAUGACUUUCUCGGCGACAUCUUUUUAGUGUCCCCAGCGCUUUGUUCGCAAGUACUAAAUACAUGGAUCAAGUUCUUGGCAUAUGAACUAAAGCCACUUAUCUACUGGCCAGCUAAGGAAGUGGUGUUGCGGACUCUGCCAGACGCCUACAAGACGUUCGCGCCAAAGCUCCGAUGCAUUAUCGACUGCACCGAGAUGUUCAUUGAUCGACCACGAGAUAUGGAGAUGCAGGGACAUACUUACUCUGACUACAAGAGACACAACACUCUCAAAUUUCUGGUAGCCAUUGCCCCAAAUGGAGCUAUAUCCUAUAUUUCCGAGGCAUGGGGGGGGCGAGCAUCAGAUCGAUUUAUUGUGCAGGAGUCUGGUUUCUUAGAUCUGAUCGAGCCUACUGAUGAAGUCAUGGCAGAUAGAGGUUUUCCAAUUAAAUCUGACUUGGUGAUGAAGAUGGCUCGGCUAAUUAUCCCUCCACCAGGACAGGGUGCUGAACAGAUGACUCCAGAAGGCGUACUUCGGACCAAAGUUGUCGCAAAUAUGCGAAUUCAUGUGGAGCGGGCCAUUGGUCGUCUGAAGUACUUUCAGAUUCUGAAGCAAACUCUCCCCAUCUCCCUCACACCGCUUGCUAAUGACAUUGUCACAAUCUGUGCAGGCAUCGUCAACUUGUUGCCUCCACUUGUAAAAUAAAGACUGAAAACAUGGUUGCUUCAAUUGUAACACAUGUGUACAUUGUGCUAUGUCAAGAAUGUAGAUCUGCUGCGAUUAAGUUGCGCAAUAGUCGGCGUUAGUACUGUAGUAUCAAAUUGUAUGUAUAUCUAUGACAAAUAUGUAAUGUGUGCGUUCUUGUGUGUGUAUCUUUGGAGGCAGCUGUAACUUGUGUUGUGUCAGGAAAUGUGGAAUGAAUAGAAUGAAACACCAUACUACCAGUUUAAUAAUUAAUAGUAUUCUUCAUAUUAUUAUUAAUCAUUGAUAAAAUACCCGCCUGCUACAUGCAACUUGUGUGGCAGGUUGUAAUUUUACGCAACACAACACAACAGCUUUAUACAUACAUGUAUGCAGAAAUUGAACAUCAUAUAACAGGUCACUGGCGAGGAUUGGUUGCUAACCAGUAUUUUCUCACAACUUUCUCAUUGCCGCAAACCUAAAAAAUGUUACUUAUACAAAGUAGAAAUGUGAAUACAAUUUUUAGCAUAACACUGAAAUACAUAAAUUAAUCCUAAAUCGUGUCAUUUCUAGUACGUGUUAACCAACAACAUACAAUACAAAUUAGAACUCGACAUUAUGUUUACA